UUCCUGUCUAAGCCCUCAGUUUCUUUUUGUCUGGUGCAGUAGCAGCAGCAGCUCAGAAACACUUUAGAGCUUACUUCUGUAACUGAGGACUGAUCAUUGGUACCAUUCUCUUGCUUCAUACAGAGCAAGCAAAUCAGGUCAGACCCUCCAUACCAAGGGAUGAUUAUUGGUGCCUUCUUCUCACUCCAUAUGAAGGAAACUGAAGAUGUGGUUCAUCCCUCCAAACUGAGGGCCCAUUGCUGGUACCAUCCUCAUGCUCCACAAAGAGGAGACGUAACAGCCUAGGACUGUAAGGAGCCAUGUGUGAUGAUGAUGAUGAAACCACAGCUCUGGUCUGUGAUAAUGGCUCUGGGCUUUGCAAAGCUGGAUUUGCAGGAGAUGAUGCUCCCCGGGCUGUUUUUCCAUCUAUUGUUGGACGACCUCGGCAUCAGGGGGUCAUGGUAGGGAUGGGUCAGAAAGACAGCUAUGUUGGAGAUGAAGCACAGAGUAAAAGGGGAAUCCUGACCCUGAAAUAUCCCAUUGAGCAUGGGAUUAUCACUAACUGGGAUGACAUGGAAAAGAUUUGGCAUCAUUCCUUCUAUAAUGAGCUGCGUGUUGCCCCAGAAGAGCAUCCUGUGCUGCUCACAGAAGCUCCUUUAAACCCCAAGGCUAACCGAGAAAAAAUGACUCAGAUCAUGUUUGAAACAUUCAAUGUACCAGCAAUGUAUGUGGCCAUUCAGGCAGUACUCUCUCUCUACGCAUCUGGCCGAACUACUGGUAUAGUUCUGGACUCUGGGGACGGUGUCACACAUAAUGUACCUAUCUAUGAAGGUUAUGCCUUGCCACAUGCUAUCAUGAGACUGGAUCUGGCUGGAAGAGAUCUCACUGACUAUCUCAUGAAAAUUCUUACAGAGAGAGGCUAUUCUUUUGUUACUACUGCUGAACGUGAGAUUGUGCGGGACAUAAAAGAAAAGCUUUGUUAUGUGGCUCUGGACUUUGAGAAUGAAAUGGCUACUGCUGCUUCCUCCUCUUCUUUGGAGAAGAGCUAUGAACUCCCUGAUGGUCAAGUCAUUACUAUUGGCAAUGAACGGUUUAGAUGCCCUGAAACACUCUUCCAGCCAUCAUUCAUAGGGAUGGAAUCUGCUGGUGUCCAUGAAGCUACCUAUAAUAGUAUCAUGAAAUGUGAUAUUGACAUCCGUAAGGAUCUUUAUGCUAAUAAUGUGCUCUCUGGAGGAACCACCAUGUACCCUGGCAUUGGUGACCGUAUGCAGAAGGAGAUUACAGCUUUGGCUCCAAGUACUAUGAAGAUCAAGAUUAUUGCACCCCCAGAACGUAAAUAUUCAGUCUGGAUUGGAGGCUCCAUAUUGGCUUCUCUGUCAACCUUCCAGCAAAUGUGGAUCAGCAAAGAUGAAUAUGAAGAAGCUGGUCCUUCCAUUGUCCACCGCAAAUGUUUUUGAGUGCACUUGUGAUUUAUUGUAAGGGAUAUCAUGUGGUGUUUCUCUACAUAAUUUCUUUAGGUACAGAGCAUAAUUUCCUCAACAGAUUAUUCUGAAAACAAAAUAAAAAAUGAUGUUAAUUGAGAAGAUGUCAUUUCUGGAUGCCUCCAAUUUUACAUUCCAGUGACAGGGGCAAAUUUCAAGUUAAUAGCAACAACAAUAUGCAAUUCAGUAAUUCUUCAAAGAUGUUAAACUAGAAUUUUGAGAAGAUUAAGUGUGUAGGAAGCUUCCAGGGCUGUUGGAGUGCAGAUAUGAUAUGAAAAGACCACUUAAACCAGUGCUCUGUUACAGAAGGAGAAAACAAUGCAGCUAUACUUGAAAUGAGGGCCUGAAUCUUAUUGAUUAGUUCCAGCUAGAGUAGACUCACAGAACCAGUUGAGGAGCCAACAUGUUGUUAAAUCACAUUUCUUCAAUGGGUGUACUCUUCCUGGGGCUAACAGUAGGAUUCAGGCCAAGAUGUUCUGUAUGACUUUCAUGGGAUGAUUUCAUUUUAUUGUUACAGAUUCCCUUUGAUUUAGGGUCUGUAUGGAGGCCACAUGCAAAUAGUGAAUUCAGAUCAAAGAUGAAUCAGGCAAGGUUAA